AUGGCUACCCCGCGCGUCUUCAUCAUCCGGCAUGGCGAAACAGAAUGGUCACUCAACGGCCGGCACACAGGCACCACGGAAUUACCACUUACUGGGAAUGGAGAGAAGCGUAUACGUGCCACAGGACGAGCGCUCAUCGGCGACGACAGAUUGAUUGUCCCGAAGAAGCUAGCUUAUAUCUAUGUAUCCCCCCGCAAACGCGCCCAGCGUACCCUCGAGCUCCUCUCCGUUGGGUGCCGCGACAAGCUACCAUGGGAAGAACGACGCGCUUACCCCGAUUCAGACAUCCGCACCGAAGCGCCUGUCGCAAUCACAGAGGACAUACGGGAAUGGGAUUACGGGGAUUACGAAGGGAUUACUAGUGCCGAGAUAAGGGAGUUGAGAAAGAAACAGGGCCUUGGAGGGCCGGACGGGAAGUGGGACAUUUGGAGUGAAGGGUGCCCUGGUGGAGAAUCUCCCGAAGAAGUCACAGCUCGCCUCGACAACCUCAUCUCCGCUAUCCGCACCAAAAUCCACGCUCCAGCCCUCGCCAACUCCUCGCCACAAUCCGACGUCCUCAUCGUAGCUCACGGCCACAUUCUACGCGCAUUCGCUAUGCGCUGGGUCGGUAAGACGUUGGCGGAUGGCCCGACAUUCUUACUAGAAGCAGGAGGCGUGGGAACACUGAGUUAUGAGCAUAAGAAUGUGGAGGAGCCAGCUAUACUCCUUGGAGGGGCAUUUAUGGUUGAUGUUGUGGAUAGUGCAGCCGGGGCGGGGAAGGAAGAUGGGAGGAUGGAUGCGGAGAAGGCUGGGGAUGAAAUAGAGAAGCAGAGAACUUAG